AUGGGUCGAAUGGCAUUUUUUGCCACUUUGGUAUUUGCUCUAGCAGGCCUCGGCUGCAUGGGGAUCCAGCACAAGACAAGACCUCGUGUAGGGCUUUCUAAGGCAACAAAUGAAGGGUACAGCGUUGCUGUGCACCAUCCCUACAGGUACCCACUGUACAUGAUGCAGCUCUAUCGAGACUACAAAACUGUGAACGCAGCGAAGAGCAGCACAGCCAGGGAUGCCAGACCAAGUCUCCAUCAGUCAGACUCUGUGCUUAGUCUGGUCGCUAAAGACUGUCAACAGACAGGUGAGAGAUGGACGGUCACUUUCGACCUGUCCUCCCUUUCGGCCAGUGAAGAAAUUCAGCUUUGUGAGCUUCGCUUCCGCGUGCCCGCGUUUGCCGCGUCCAAGCGGGCAGUCGUGGAUCUCUACCACUCUCGCCAAGAGGACUGCGAGCCAGACGUCGAGCAUUGCCGUGAACGGCCCCUCUUUCUCGGCACCAUAAAGCCCACAGCCGUCGACUCAACCUCCUCCUCCUCCUGGCGAGUUUUCAAUGUGACGGUUCUGCUCACACACUGGCUGCGUCGAGAAAGCGGCAAGGAGCCGAAUCAAACGGACCGCUCCCUUUCCAGUGAGGAUUCCACAUCCGAACAAGACGAGGAGGCGGAGAUGGGAGUAGAGGACACCGUGGAGGGGAGUGGAGGAGACGUGGCCGAGCCUGUACAAGUAAAGCACCGCAGCGGGUGGACGCGCAAAGUCCACCAUCCCACCGCAAACAGGGUCAUGGUCGUAGUGUUUUCGAAGAGUACGCAGGCUCGAGGUCAGGUGCGCGCCCCUACCUUACUCCGCGCGGUGGAACACUCCAAGUACGUCGUCCUGCAGCGCCCCAGUGACGUCACCCAGAACCGUCGGCACAAGCGGAACCGGAUAGAGAUGGACCAUUUUAGGCCGGUCCUGGGUGAAGGCGUGACUGGCUCUCCUGCGGUGUCCGCGCAGGGACCGCUGUGCAGGCGAGUGGACAUGUGGGUGGACUUCGAUCAGAUUGGCUGGAAUGAAUGGAUCGUGCACCCCAAGCGAUAUAAUGCGUUCCGCUGCGAAGGCGAAUGUCCCAUUCCGCUAGAUGAAUCCUUCAAGCCAACCAAUCACGCCUACAUGCAGAGUCUGCUGAAACUCUAUCAUCCGGAGCGCGUCACCUGUCCGUCCUGCGUGCCCACUCGUCUCAGUUCGCUCUCUAUGCUAUAUUACGAGGGCGACGACGUGGUUCUGCGCCACCAUGAGGACAUGAUUGUAGAGGAGUGUGGCUGCCACUGAAGGGAGCUGCUGAAAGACUUGGUUAGCUUGUACCCCAUUCGUAUUCAGACAACUCUUUCUUUUCCGCAGCCUGCCAGAUGUAGCACAACAGUUGGGGCUUGUCUCAAAAUGGGUAGAAAAUACCGCGCUCGGUUGUGAAGGACCACCGAUGCUUAGGAAAUCAGUGACACUGUUAUGUUACUUAUAUAUGUUAAAAAUGGCCGUUGUGGUGUAUCCGAGAUGUUCGCCACCAUGAGUCUAUUGGUAGAAAGGAAAUAUUUAAUAUUUAAAUAUCACACAUUUUUAAAAUAUGUUGUAGUUUUGGAUUUGGAAUAAUGUGUAAUGAGUGUACAAAAUGUAUAUAGUAUGUUUUCAAUAAAUCUGUAUUUUUAUUACAAAGAUGUAUAUAAUACAUGAAAUGUUCCAAAGCCUUUAUAUAUUACUAUUAUCAAACGACAUUUUAGAUUUUGUAUGACGUGUACAAAGCAGUAAAGCAAAUAUUCAGCACAUUUUUGUGAACACUUUUUCUAUCGUUUAAAAAAAAAACACACAUGUAUCAGCAUAUUACAGUCCGUCUGAUAAAGUUACCACAAGAUUCCUGUAAACUAAUGGAUGAUCGCUCGCAAACAGCAGCAAUCAACGAGAAUGAUUGUGUGAUGUCUUUAGGGCUUUUUUGCUGUUACUAAUGCAAAAGUAUUCAAUAUACAGAGACAGUUUAGGGUGUCAUCAUUCAUUAUUAUCAGUCUGUGUGUCAAUAACAGGGAUCAUUCUUUCACACAGAUAGAAAUGGCUUGAGCUUUAACUGAUGCCUAGCUGACUGGCAUAUGUUUGGCCUUUAUUUCAAUUGUAAAGUGCUACUUCCUACACUGAUAUGUUUUUCUUACUCUGUAGGCAAUCCUAGUACAGAUAUGAAUAAAAACAAAUAAACACCAUGAGACUAUAUGGCUGUGACAAUCUGCACAAAUCUUCAUGCGAG